AUGGCUGGGUCAUCGUCUCAACAGGCUGUCGGGCUACCGCGUACGGGACGGCGGGCGGCUAGCGCUCGAGGUUACGCCGAGGAUCGACCAGCCGGACCAGCAGUAAUGCACGACGUACAGCAAACCAAGGACGGCGGCGCCAGUACUACAGCGGUUCACAUACCCCCCACCAGCGUGGAUCAGUUGGAAGGCACACUACCACCGUCGGAGCAGCGGCAAGACAGGCUGGACGAAACCGACGAAGCUAUGCCCCCUAACCCGCCGGAGCAAGUACCGGAUCUCCCAGAGGGGACAACGCCAGCACAAAGUCUCCCCCGAAAGAACUUCCCCGGCCUGUACUUCCUGAAAGAUCGCAUGAUUUACUUAUGGGCACUCCUGAGACUCGAUGGGCGGCCUUCCGAAGUCGUGGAUGGCGAGAUCAAGGGUUGCGCUCGGGAUGAUUGCCCGCGGUCGGGCGACGAACAGGUUAUGCUUUAUCGCUGCACUUCGGGCUGUAUGUCUUGCGAAUGGAUAUGCGCCUCUUGCAUGGCUAGUGAACAUCAACAACGCCCGCUGGACAGGAUUGAGAUGUGGGUUGGUGGAGAGUGGCAGCCGUCGACGCUUAGGGGAAUAGGCGCCCGGGCUCAAUUCGGCCACUUGACGAACACGAAGUGCAGGCUCAAGCAUCCCAGCAUGAACGAUUUCGUUGUAAUCCACACCAACGGUAUCCAUGAAGUCGCCGUUGAUUUCUGCGCCUGCAACAAGUUGAAGAGAUCGGUUGUUGACCAGCUAAUGGCGGGGCGAUGGUAUCCCGCGACGGGGCGCAAACCCCUCACGGCGGCGACGUACGAAGUGCUAGACGCAUUCAACGCUCAUAGCGGCAUGGGCAAGGACAAUGCGUACGACUUUUAUAACGCGUUGGUUACGCUCACGGACGGAGCGGGCCUUUUCAACGUCCCGGAUCGUUUGAAGCAAUUCUUUCAAAUGGCGCACGAAUACCGCCACCUAUUGGCGUCCAAACGCGGCGGGCGAGGACACGAGGCUAAGCGCGGCAUCGAGCACACGAAGAAGGGAACAUUGGCCAUACUCUGUGCGGCGUGCGCGCAUGAAGGUAUCAACACGGACAUCGUGGAAGCGUUGAGGAAGAUAUCUCCGGAGCUGGCCGCAGCGGCGGACAAGUUCAACAAUGUCGUGCAAUUGUCUAUGGACUGCAAUUUCCGCGCGAAGAAUCGCAUGACGCGCUCAACAGCUAAGACCAGUCCCUACUAUGGCAAUGGCAUGGCGUACAUGGUCCCGGAAUCCUUGUACGAGACGUUUACCAGCACGAGUCCCCACACGCAAGAGCUCGGGAACUGCUCGCGCUUUGGAGCUCAGGUACUGGCGAACCUGAAAGCGGGCAAAGGACUGAGGACGACGGGCGUGGGUGCGGUCUUUUGUUCGAGACACAAGUACUUUUGGCCCAAUACGGUCGGCACAUUGGUCAAAGGAGAGAGGUACUGUACGAUGGAUUUCAUAUUCGCAUCCGCCGUACGACGCGUGCGCGCCAGCAGUCUGCAUGUCUUCUAUGACAUCAUCUGUCAGUACACGCGGAAGCUCAACAUGCGAAUGAUGACCGUGCCUCCGAAGUCGUUUGUCGGCGUGGGUGCUGAGAAGCUGCUCCAUCGGAUAGAUGUCGCGUUCGGCGUGCCCAAGUUUCAUAACCCUGGUCAUCUCCUGUCGUGCCAGCUCUGGUUCAACAUCUCGUACAUGCGAUACGCCGGCAUGACGGACGGCGAGGCGUCGGAGCGAGCGUGGGCCGGUCUUAAUCCGGCGGCGUCGAGUUUGAGGGAGAUGGGACCGGGGACCAUGAGGGACACGAUAGACUUCUACUGUGGGGUGUGGAACUGGCGGAAGUUUGUCAACACCGGUUCUUUCCUCGCCCGCAAGAUGGAACGAGCACUUAAAGAGGCGCGAGAGCAUUGUGAGAUCUAUAAUGGCUUACAUGGCGCUGUACGGCGGGAGAACCCUGCGAUGUGUGACGCUUGGGUCCAUGACUGCGAGGCUUUCGAAGACCGGAAGCAUCUGGACGAACUCGGGCGUCCGAUUGUGAAGGGACCCGAGGCUGUGUCCAAUCCGUACGAAUCUCGGUCGAAAAAGCAAUCCCUUGAGAAGGCGCGGUUAGAAAGUCUGAAGAUCGCGAGCGAGGCAGAAGAUGCCGAGGAACCCGUCAACGCGGGAUCCAGUCAAGAAGCGCAAGCCGCUGCGCUGACGAACUUUGUUCUGCGCGGGUUCAAGAUUGAAGUGAUGAAUUGGCGUGAACGGCGGGCGAAGGUUGCGCGUACGGUCAUGCAGCGCUCGGAAGAGAUACAGCGGCGUAGUGACGUAGUCCGGCAAAUGCGCCUAUUUCGCAAAGAUCAGCAGUGGAUGAUGCCGAUCGUGUUUGCGGCGAUCCAAGAAUUGGAAGGCGUAGAGCCAAGCAGGCAGGGUGGCAGUGAGGAUGCUGACGUUGACGAUGAGGGCGCCUCCGACGACGAAGCACAAACGUCAGCCCAGGAGACGCCGAAGGUCACGGACGCCACCAGCGAGAUUCUAUAUCUACCGUCUGAGCUGGGGAAGGACGUCGCGCGCUCACCCAACGUCGUGGACGUCUUCUUCGAAGAGCUGAAGCUUCGAUACGCGGGCAUGGAGGACUGGCUCAACGUCCUGCGCCAACAGUUGCGCUGUCGCGCGACUGUCGACCGAUGGAAGGUAGACUACGUCACCGGACAAGACAUGAGUUCGCGCGCACGCACGAAGCAAGAGACUAUUCAGGCGAACGUCUUACUGGCCAGGGAUAUGUAUCGGUUGCAUCGCGAACGCUACGUCACGCUUGUGUCGUUUCUGACGGAGGAUGAGCAGAAGGAGCUGGUGCCUGAGAAAUGGGAGAUUACGUUCAAGAUCCUCAACGACAACGACUGCCGCCCACUCAACAACCGCUUACUCUUGGCCAUCGAUGAUACGGAGAUCGAAUACAUUCGCCAAAUAAUCGAACAGGAGAAGAACAAACGCAAGGACCCUUCAGGACAGAGCCAUCACCGCAUCCCUUGGAUCUGGUUUCACAUCGCUGAGAAUACAGAGUUGGAACUGAACGACGAUAUGCGUGUGGAGUUUGCCAAGUGUCGGGCAAGAGCCAUGCGCUGGGUGGAAGAGGUUUACAUCGUGGCGUAUGAAAUGAUGCGCGUGCCCGAGUUCUGUAGAGCACGUCAGGCUGUGUGGGAGGAGCGCAUAGGACAAGAGCGUAGCGAUAUUGACCGCUAUGUGAAAGAUGGCGUGGACGCUUAUGCCAGGAAGCAGGCGACAAUUUUCAGGAGGCACGCCGAGGGACUCCAGGAUCUCUUCAAAGGUCCUCUAGAGCAGGCGGCCGAGUUUGCUCGCUUUCACGGGCUGGAUGGAAUGUACUUAAAGCGUAGUGAAUCGGAAUAA